AUUUAUAAUCAGGAUGAGUGGUCUUGAUCCUAAAAAGAAUUAUCCUAAGACUUGGCAUAAGACUCAGGAACAGAUUGAUGCAUACGAUGAUCUCAUGAGAAAGAAACAGAAUUAUCAGAAGACUGAUUACGCUCAGAAUGGGGAGCUGAUGUGCUUUGGGCUUUCAGAGCAUUCACUUACUGAAAACCUUCCUAAAUUCAGUGAGCUUGCAAGAAAAGACCUUGAUUUGAUGAAAUCUUGGUAUGAUAAUAGUCAUGAUGAGAUCCUUCAGAGACCAGCUUAUAAAUCAGAUUGGAGUAUGAGUAAAGAUCUUUGGAGAACUCAGCUAAGAACUGGUCUCGCCAUUAUGUUGUUGAGAGAGUUGCCAAUUAAGAGCUAUGUCUCAAGAUGUGUGCUUGUAUACUUUUUGGGAGUAUAUUGGGUUGGAAGAGGAUUAUCUAAAGGACUCAGGAGUAGCAAGCCAGCAGUAUAUUACCUUCAACCAUAUGCUAUCAAAGGUCUCCUCAACAGACCAGAUCUCCUCAACUUUGCUCUGACCAGGAAACUCCCCAAACUCCCCAUCACUCACGAUACCCACAAAGAGUGGAGACUCAGACAAACCCCUGUGUACCACCAGUACCACAGAACAACUUACAGAUACAGAUUCAGAAAGCCAAGAUACGUUCCUUGGGAUGGUACUAUGCACCAACCAGUUAUGCCAUUCUUGGUAGAUGAUGGAACUGAUGUUAUCAAUGGUACCUUCAGAAGGAACGCCAACACUAGUCCUAAUCUGAAAUAA